CCCUUCCCUCCUGCAAUCAAACUCCUCCCGCAAUGUCUCUUUCUCCUACUUAAUACCUCCCAACUUCCCCUUUCUUCAUUCUCACUCUCCACCCCCUCCUCCGCCACUACCGAUCUCCCUUCUCCUCCGUCCAAACCACCCCAUUUUCAUUUCUCUUCCGCUGUUAAAAGAUAAGGGAAUCUUUUCGUACUAAAACUUUGUGAAAAGUGUGAAACAGAGGAACUGGAAUUUCGAACACGUUAACGAUCUCUCUUUACGAUAUUUAAAAAUAAAAAAAAAUAGUGUUCCUAUAGUAUAAAAGGGUUCUCAUUUUAAAGUACGUGUCUUUUUGGGUUCUGUAUGCACUGAUCUCAACAAGCCAUGUUGAGAAUAUUUUUGUUUCUUUGUUUGCUGAAUUUUCAGCUUUUUAUGCACACCGGUGUUUCUUUAACUUCCGACGGACUUUCCCUUUUGUCUCUGAAAUCUGCGAUGGAUGACGGCGGCGGCACUGUUUUCUCCGACUGGAAUGAAAACGAUGACACUCCUUGUCGUUGGACAGGCAUUUCAUGUGCUAACAUUUCUGGUUCUUCAGAGCCACGUGUCGUUGGGAUUACUGUCUCCGGCAAGAAUCUCCGGGGAUACUUACCGUCGGAGCUCGGGACCUUAGUGUAUCUCCGGCGACUCAAUCUUCAUGGAAAUAACAUUUACGGUUCUAUCCCUGACCCUCUCUUUAAUGCCACGUCACUUCAUAGUAUUUUUCUGUAUGAUAAUAAUAUCUCCGGUCAACUUCCGCCCUCUAUUUGUAAUCUACCUCGUCUUCAAAAUUUGGACCUUUCGAAUAAUUCACUUUCUGGAACUUUCUCGAAGUAUCUCCGUAACUGCCGGCAGUUACAGAGGUUGAUUCUUGCUCGGAAUAAAUUUUCCGGCGAGAUUCCGAUCGGGGUGUUCCCGGAGCUGGCGAAUUUGGAGCAACUUGACCUUUCGUCGAAUUCGUUCAACGGGUCGAUUCCUGAAGAUAUUGGUGAAUUGAAGUCACUCUCUGGAACUUUGAAUCUUUCUUUCAAUCAUUUCAGUGGAAGAAUCCCAAAAUCUAUAGGUGAUUUGGCUUUAACUGUUAGUUUUGAUCUUAGGAAUAAUAAUUUAUCUGGUGAAAUUCCUCAGACUGGUUCAUUUGCAAAUCAAGGUCCAACGGCAUUUUUGAAUAAUCCUAUGUUAUGUGGAUUUCCUUUACAGAAGAGCUGUAAAAAUAGUUCAAACAAUUCAUCAGAAGUUCAGGGUUCAUCUAGUAAUGAGGGGACUAAUUCACGUAAGGGGUUAAAACCAGGAUUUAUUAUAUUGAUCUGUUUGGCUGAUGCAUUUGGAGUGGCAUUUAUUGGUCUAGUGAUUAUUUACUUGUAUUGGAAAAAGAAAGACUCUGGUGGUUGUAGUUGUACUGGAAAAGGGAAAUUUGGUGGGAAUGAGAAGAGAAUGUUCUGUGAUUUCCCUUGCAUUAGUGGAUUUCCGAAUAAUGAAUCAGAAGUUGAGUCUGAGAAGGGAGGUGGUGGUGGAGCUAGUGGCGGUGUUAGUGGUGGCGAGGGCGAUCUCGUGGCUAUUGAUAAAGGUUUUAACUUUGAGCUUGAUGAGCUGUUGAGGGCUUCUGCUUAUGUCUUAGGAAAGAGUGGAUUAGGGAUAGUGUACAAGGUUGUGCUCGGGAAUGGUAUUCCUGUGGCCGUGAGGAGGUUGGGGGAAGGUGGGGAACAGAGAUAUAAGGAGUUUGUGGCUGAGAUUCAGGCGAUCGGAAGGGUUAAGCAUCCUAAUGUCGUGAAAUUAAGAGCUUAUUAUUGGGCUCCUGACGAGAAGCUUCUCAUUAGUGAUUUCAUUUCGAAUGGAAGCUUGACUUCUGCCCUUCAUGGGAGAAAUGGGCAACCAUCGCCGAGCUUAACCUGGUCAACGAGACUGAAAAUUGCCAAGGGAAUAGCGAGAGGUUUAGCUUAUCUCCAUGAGUGUAGCCCAAGGAAAUUUGUCCAUGGAGACAUCAAACCAUCCAACAUUCUCCUUGAUAAUGAACUGCAGCCAUUUGUCUCUGAUUUUGGCCUCAAUCGGUUGAUUAAUAUCACGGGAAACAACCCCUCCUCUUCUGGUGGCUUUAUGGGUGGAGCUCUUCCUUACUUGAAGCCUUCUCAACCAGAUCGACCCAACAACUAUCGAGCACCAGAAGCUCGAAUCCCUGGUAAUAGACCUACACAAAAAUGGGAUGUCUACUCGUUCGGGGUUGUCUUGCUUGAACUGCUAACCGGAAAGUCUCCUGACCUCUCAAUUCCCACAACUUCCACUUCAACGGAAGUUCCAGAUCUUGUAAGAUGGGUAAGAAAGGGAUUUGAGGAGCAAAAUCCACUAUCGGACAUGGUGGAACCAAUGUUGCUUCAGGAAAUCCAUGCUAAGAAGGAAGUACUUGCUGUAUUUCAUGUAGCUCUUGCGUGCACCGAGGCAGAUCCUGAUAUUCGACCAAGGAUGAAAACUGUCUCAGAAAACAUUGAGAAAAUUGGAGCUUAAACUUUUGGCUACACUCAUGUCAAGAAGUUCUUGAGUUCCCAAGAUUUUUUUGCAGUUGAUACUUGAUCCUGUCAUUUUUUUUCUUUCUUCAGAGGCUUCUUCAAUCUUUAUAUUCCACUAUAGAAGGUACAGAAUCCCAGUGUGCUGAAACAAAAUUUGCUCAAAUUUUUAGCAGUUAAUUAGUUGUUUAUCUUUGUAAUCUAUUCCUGUUAUUCUGAAGUUAAAAUAAUUUGUCUUAGUCAAUAAAAUUAAUUCUUUGCUCGUA